AUGGCAAGAAGACAGAAGCAGGCGGAAAACGCCACAGUCAAAGCUAUAUCUGAUGAUAUCGUGGAAAUGUACAACAGAGGUAUCCCAUUAUUCACCAAAGAGGACAUCUUUCGAACCGCCAUACAGCUUGAAAAGUACAGAGACGAUGAGCUAGAAGCUCUCAAGCUCCAUUUCACUAAUAUGAAGGGAGAAGAUGUCGAGAUUACCCUCGACCCGAAUAAGCCGCCAGUUUGGGUGGAUAGGCGGUGCAACCAUGGUUACAAACGCGUUGGUCCAUAUAUAUACUACCGUUCAAUACAAAAUAUCCUCGCUCAGGACGAUAUGAUAACUCCCGACCCCCAGAAAGCCUGUCUCGGAAUAGGGGUUACGUGGCCAGGCCCAUGCCCGCCGGUACAUCGCCACAGGGUGCCUCCGCAAGACGCAGCUCCGUCCACCGUCUUCUCUGCAGCGGAGCUAAGUCAAGUAUUCAACAGCGUGAGACAGCAGUGGGAGACGAGCGAACAGUACAACCAGCUCAAAAAGCUCCUCAAGUCGAAAAGAGCGCAGUUAUCUAGCGUCGAGAAAAUAGUCGUUUUCGCCCUGGGCACGCUAACCAAUGGCUCGAGAAUUUCAAACCCUUCGAUGGUCCAGCACGCGCUUGUCCUCAGUCUCCAGCAGAUGUUGUCGAAGAUGAAAGGAGGCGACAACAGGAUCUCCGGAAUAUUCCAGACUAUUAAGGGCUCCUUGUCGAGGAGCAAGGCGGCUGAGCCUCCAAUCCCAUGUUUUGCGCAAGAUCCGGCUUACUUGCCCCGAGACAAGACGGUCCUGUCAGAGGCAGGAAUCACGGUUAUAGAGGACCCUUGGGCGUUUCUGGAAGUGGACCACACGAGUCUCGUGGUGUCUAUCGAUCCCAACAUUCCCGUGCGGCAGAUCAUCGCUGAUAUCGCACGCCCUGUGGCGAUUAUCCAACACAAAAUGAUGGAGAUGAAUGGGCCAAAGUCUCUAGCUUGCGCUGAUCACUCGUCUACCCGAGUCCAACGGAUGCUAGAAGAUGAGUACGACGAGGAGCAUAUAGCUUAUCACGAGUCUUUACAUGACGUUGUCAUGUACAUCAGAAAGCCCACCCGCAAGUAGGAAUCGUGUAACCAACUUCUUAGUCCAGUUUGAACCGGCUGUUAUUAUUAGAGCUAAUUACUC